CACUGAUUUACCCACGAACAAAGCAAUUAACAAAAAUCUUCAGAUAUCUCGUGAUUGAAUUUACUCAUCAGUAAGAAACAACCAUUGUCUAUUUGCUAUUGCGAUACAAAGCUUUCUUCAAAGCUCAUCUGAGAACUUACCUGAUUAGGCAAUGAUCCGUGCGGCCUGAGCCGCAACCUCAAGCAAGCGAAUAGCGGUCGGAAUGCUGGCACUUCCGACACCAUCAUGCUACAUCUCUCCAUCACGACCGCUGUAAUGAUAUGACAUAAUUUCUCUUCCUUCCCUGAAGCGAUUAUUACCACCCAGCAACGAUGGAUGACCUAAAUGGCCUCGACUGGUCGGCUCCGCAGCCGAACAAGCAACCAUCCAACCCGUCCCCAGCAUUUCCACCAUUCCGCCAGAACCCCACACCUCAGCUCUCCGGCCGGUCUACACCCCUCUCUCUCUCAGCGCAGCAAUCCGGAGCAGGAGCUCCCAAUCGAGCUCUCAAACCCUCUUCCAAACCUACAACGCCUGCCAACGAUAGCUUCGCGAGCCUCAUCACGAGCAAAUCAAACAAACCCGCCAACGCGAACCUCUCCCUCCAAGAACGCCAGAAACAGCUCCAGCAAGAGAAACAAAGGCAAGAGGAGGAGCGGAGGAAACAAUAUGACUCGCAUUUCGGAGGAAGCGAUUCUAAGUUCUGGGACAACUUGGGCAGUGGGAAGAGCACGCCGGAGCCAGCAGCAUCGGGGAUCCUAGCUCCUCCAAGCAAUGUGACAGGUGGUUCUUCGCUGUCCAAAACUAUCAACAAGCCCUUUGCGGGACUGGAUACUACGGCCAAACGCCCGGUUCAAGCUUCGCCGGUCAAUGAUGAUAUCUUGUCAGCGUUCAAUUCGGCUGCUCCUGUGGACAAAUCAAGCCACUUCCCCCCGCCUUCUGGGGCGUUUGGUAGUGGCCGGAGCACACCAGCUACUGGUGCGCAAUCGUCAAGAGGGCAUACGCCAGUUCCGCAAUCGUCUACGAGUGCUGCCUUCGACGAUGACGAUAUAUUCGGAUUGAACCAGAUGUCGCAGAAGCCUGUUUCCGCAAGCACACCACAAGCUACCUCGGCCGCAGAGGGCGAUGAUGAUAUAUUGGGACUGCUUGGAAAACCCGUUUCCGAAUUCGAGCGAAAGCCAGAGCCAGAGCCAGAGCCAGUCGCCAGGGACCCUCCACGACGACAAGCACGUGAGCCAUCUCCGGACCUGGACAACCCACAGGCAAAGGCCGUAGCUGAAUUGGUGGACAUGGGUUUCCCGGCAGACAAAUCUGCCAUUGCUUUGGCAAAUACCGAAUCUGGGCUCGACGUACAGGCUGCCGUGAGCUGGCUGUUGAAUCAGGCACAUGCAGAUGCUAAGCAGAAAACCCAACAGGGGCGCAGGGAGGAACGUCCACGACACAGCCCGGAUGAAUUCGACGAGCGCCCACGAAAAGGACCGGGUCGAUCAAGUACUAGAGAUUCGAGUACUGGUGGAUCUCAGCCAGCGUGGAUGCGGGGUGAGGAUUCACGUAGCCGGUCGAGUCACCGCAGGCAGGAAGGCCAAUCUGCGAACCAAGAGAAGGAUGUCGCACAGUAUGCUUCGGAUAUUGGUAACAGCUUGUUCAAAUCAGCCAAUUCCUUGUGGAAGACAGGCCGAAAGCAAGUCCAAAAGGCGGUCGCAGAUUUCCAGCAAGACGGAGAUCCAAACGUUCCUAAAUGGAUGAGAGAAGCGCAAGGUCAAUCGAGCGGCGGUAACAGGGCUGGUAAAACGCCUCUUCAGGAUGCCACUGACGAGGCUAUGAUGCUCGAAGGUGGAGGUCGCCCUCAGAAACCAUCACGGCCGAGUGAGUCUCGACAUCAUCAAGAUCCAUUAGCACUACGCCAUAGGGAAGACCCUCGAAACCCUUUCCCAGACCGUCAGGCCUCCCGAUCGCCUGCCUUCCGGCAACCAUCUCCUGCUGUGGACAAACGACCGGCUGCUCGACUCACUAGACAGGAGGUGGAGGAGUCAACUGCACAAGCCUAUGUCAGUCCUGCGAGGAGGAAGAAGGCCACUCCGCAACCGGACCUGUUUUCGACAGAGCAACCCGCUCCAUCCCAGCCCUCUUCCCGACAGUCCACGCCAUCCCAGUCGAACAAUCCUUUCAUGAAAGCAGCAUCGUCAACACCGAAAUCAAGAAGCCCAGCGGCCACACCUCCUAUUGCCCCUCGACCCAAGGCACCACCUCGACGCGUCCCCCCUGCCUCCUCAUCAGCCCUCAACUCAUCGACUUCGUAUCGACAAAAGGGUUCCGAGGCUUUCAAACGUGGCGAUUAUGCCGAAGCGCACACUGCCUACACAUCCGCCCUCGGCCCACUCCCAGGCGACCACCCCGUCGCCAUCAUCGUCCUCUGCAACCGCGCCGUCACGAACAUCAAAGUCGGCGACCCCAAAGCCGCCAUCAGCGACGCCGACGCCGCCCUCGCCAUCAUCGGCAUCUCGAAAGGCGAAGGCGAGCGGAUCGCGCUCGGGGGCACCGAAGGCGAAAAGGACAUGCGCGAGUUCUACGGCAAAGCCCUCAUGCGCAAGGCAGAAGCCCUCGAGAACAUGGAGAAGUGGUCCGACGCAGGCAAAGUCUGGCGCGAGGCCGUCGAAGCCGGCGUAGGCGGCUCCAUCUCCAUUCAAGGCCGUAACCGCUGCGAGAAAGUCAACUCCUCCUCCUCCUCAUCCGCAUCCUCACAACCCGCCAAACGCGCACCCCCCGCCCGCAAACCCGCCACCCCGAAACCCGCCUCCUCCGCCCUAUCCUCCCUCGCCGCCCCCUCCGCCGCAGACUCCGAGGCCGUGAAGCGCCUCCAGGCCGCCAACGCCGCCGCCUCGCGCGCCGACGACGAAAAGUUCGCCUUGACCGACCAGGUCGAUGCCAAGCUCGUCGCGUGGAAGGGCACGAAGGCCGACAACCUGCGCGCCCUGCUGGGCUCGCUCGACCGCGUGCUCUGGCCCGAGGCUGGGUGGAAGAAGGUCGGCAUGGGCGACCUCGUCAUGGCGAAUAAGGUCAAGAUCGUGUACAUGAAGGCGAUUGCUAAGGUGCAUCCUGAUAAGAUUCCACAGGACGCCACGACGGAACAGCGGAUGAUCAGCGCGGCUGUCUUCGCGACGCUGAACGAGGCGUGGGAUAAGUUCAAGACGGACAACGGGUUGUGAUCUCUUCGUGAUGAUGUGUCAAGCGCAUUGUCAUAGCUCACUUGGAUGGCUUGCAUGUAUGGCUGUUCUUGGUACCGACGAAUUUUGGCAUAUCAUGGUGGAGGAAGAGGGGCUGUGGAUGAGGUGACGUUGAGUGCAAAGCGAGUGAGCGAGCAAGCGACAUCUUCGAUGAAGGUGGUUUAUAUAGAUAAAUUAAAUAGAUGGGCAUGAUGGAUUAGCAUGGAGGUGAACAUGACACAAAAUGAAUGCGCGUAUGGAUGAAAACGAG